AUGGCUUACUGUUUGCGGCGGCGGGUUUCUUAUGCAGAGCUCUCAUCGGAGGACAAGGCUAUCCUCGUGGAGACGCUCAAGAACAAGCUGCAGGCGUUGGCGGAGCAACAUGUUGACGUGCUCGAGAGCCUGGCACCCUCGGUCAGGAAGCGCGUCGAUGUGCUCAUGGAGAUUCAGAGCCAACAUGAUGAACUAGAAGUGAAGUUCUUCGAGGAAAAAGCUGCUCUAGAAGCUAAAUAUCAGAAGCUUUAUGGACCAUUGUACUCAAAACGUUCUAAAAUUGUGAGUGGUGUUCUUGAAGUACAAGGCGAGACCGAAGAAAGAGAGGAAAAGGGUGUUCCAGAUUUCUGGCUCAAUGCAAUGAAGAACAAUGAGAUUCUUGCUGAGGAGAUCCAUGAGAGCGAUGAGGAAGCUCUAAAGUACCUUAAGGACAUCAAAUGGUGUAGAAUUGAUGAUCCAAAGGGUUUUAAGUUCGAAUUCUUCUUCUAUACAAAUCCCUUCUUUAAAAAUCAAGUGCUGACUAAAACAUACCACAUGAUCGAUGAAGAUGAUGAACCCAUCCUAGAGAAAGCAAUUGGGACUGAAAUCGAAUGGCAUCCAGGAUAUUGUUUGACACAAGAGGUGCUAACAAAGGAGAGUUCAGAGAGCACUAAACCUAUAACAAAGACUGAAGAAUGUGAGAGCUUCUUUAAUUUCUUUAGCCCCCCUCAAGUUCCAGAUGAUGAUGCAAAAAUAGAUGAAAAUACCGCUGAAGAAUUGCAGAACCAAAUGGAACGAGAUUAUGACAUCGCAUCUACUCUCAGGGAUAAGAUUAUACCACACGCUGUUUCUUGGUUUACUAGAGAGGCUGUUCAAGACGAGGAUUAUGGAGCUUCUUGGGUGGAUGAUGAAGAAGAGGAUGACAAUAAUGAUGAAUAUAGUGAUGAAGAUGAACGGAAGGCUAGCAGAGUUGCUGGACAGCAGGGUGAGCGACCUGCGGAGUGCAAGCAGCAGUAGUUUUUCUUUUUCUUUUUUUUUAAUCUUAGUACUCCGAAGUCAGAUGGAGUG